ACCGGUUCAAGCAGAUUUGCGUGCCUGAGAUCAGAUAAAGAGCGAGUAGCUCUCAGGCUUCAAAUACUUUUCAGAGAUUUUGAUUUUGCACACGGUGUUUCCUUUUGGAUAAUGACCAUCAAAACUUUUGCAAUUGAAUAUGAUGCCAUCAACAGCAAAAACACCUUCACAAAUGGAGAUACCAUUAAUGGGAGAGUCAUCGUAGAGACGUCUAAGACAACUACAGUCAAAUCGCUUGUUUUUAUAGCCACUGGAGAAGCUCGGGUCAAAUGGAGUGAACAGUAUGGAGAUCAUCAUCAUGUGUACUGGUCCAAUGAAAAAUAUUAUGAUAUCCAACAUCAUAUCUUGAGUGAGAAAAGACACGAUGGCACAGAGGUCAUUGGCAAAGGAAGACAUGCAUUUCCUUUUUCAUUCAGCAUACCUGACGGGAAGUUCCCAUCGUCUUUGAAAACCAACAUAGGGAACAUUGUUCAUAAACUGAAAGCUGAGCUUAAACAAUCAAUGAAGCUGACGAAAAAGGCAAAAACCCACUUCACAUUUGUGUCCAAAGCAGACAUGGGAAUUCCCGGACUUAUGGAUCCUCAGCAUGGCUGUAAAGACAAAUCCGUCGGAGUUUUUGGCUCCGGAAACGUUUCAAUGGAUGUUCACACUCAGAGAAUGGGCUUCAAGCAAGGCGAGGCCAUCCAACUCACAGUGAAAGUCAUCAACAACUCAACUCGUUCGGUGAAGCCUAAAUUUGUGCUGUAUGAGAAAAAAAGUUUCUUCGCCCAGGGGCACAGGAAAAUCUCCAUAAAUGAGAUCCUUAAGGAGAAGAUGGAGUCGAUUGCCUCUUCUGGAAAAGAGACUGUGAGCACGUUGAUAACAAUCCCCUGGGAACUACCUCCAUCCAUCCUGAACUGUUCCAUCAUCACGCAGGAGUACAAGCUGAAGAUCCAUCUCAAAUUGAAAUAUGCUAGGAACCCAGAGAUCAAGCUCCCCAUAGUCAUCCUGCCAUCCUCUGAGGUCCUUGCUGAAAAUCCGCCACCAGCUGCUGCUGCUGCUGCUGCUGCUGCUUUUGGAUUUGAAGCGUUUGGGAACCCGGACAAAGUGCCCUGGAGCAUGCCGCCUCCAUCCCAACCUGCAUCCCAGGCUGCAGAGCCCCCACCGCCCUGUGGGGCACAUGCAGUGUACCCUCAUGCAAGUGGCCUGUAAAUAAAAUAUGUUCGUGAUAACACACCUGGUUCUAACAAUAUUGACCUUUGAUCAUUUUUGGUCAGUUUACAGUCAUGCUGCCACCAAACGUUUUUUUAUUUAUUUAAUUGUGAAUUUGUCUAUUCUUCUCUGUUAGUGUUAUGUGUAGAUUAACUAAAUUUUGAUCAGAUGGAUAUAGUUACAGUUUAAUAAACAUAUAGUAAGACUCUACAUGAUACACUGUACAUCACUAUGCAUUGGGGAUGUUUCCUUUAAUUACAUCAUUUUCUAAUAUAUUUUCUCAAUCAAUAAUACAAAAGUGGGGUGACUUUAAAUUCAUACUGUGUAUGUACAUAUACCCAUUUGACCAGUAAAGAUCACUAAACUGUAUACCACGUUUAAACUUGUAAUUCUAUUAACACACAGGGUAAUUAAAAUGUUUUAAACAAACUGUUAAUUGUAUUUCUACUAACAACAAAUCGUCUU